GGAGCCGGAUCUAAGAUGGCAGCGGCGGCGGCGGCGGUGGUGGGGCCGGGUGCGGGCGGCGCGGGGGUGGCGGGCCCGGGCGGUGCGGGGCCCUGCGCGGCGGUGUCCGUGUUCCCCGGCGCCCGUCUCCUCACCAUCGGCGACGCGAACGGCGAGAUCCAGCGACACGCGGAGCAGCAAGCGCUGCGCCUCGAAGUGCGCGCCGGCCCGGACGCGGCGGGCAUCGCCCUCUACAGCCAUGAGGACGUGUGUGUGUUUAAGUGCUCGGUGUCCCGGGAGACGGAGUGCAGCCGUGUGGGCAAGCAGUCCUUCAUCAUCACGCUGGGCUGCAACAGUGUCCUCAUCCAGUUUGCCACACCGAAUGAUUUCUGUUCCUUCUACAACAUCCUGAAGACCUGCCGGGGCCACACCCUAGAGCGAUCAGUAUUCAGCGAGCGGACAGAGGAGUCCUCUGCCGUGCAGUACUUCCAGUUUUAUGGCUACCUGUCACAGCAGCAGAACAUGAUGCAGGACUAUGUGCGGACGGGCACCUACCAGCGUGCGAUCCUGCAGAACCACACUGAUUUCAAGGACAAGAUCGUUCUUGAUGUUGGCUGCGGCUCUGGGAUCCUGUCAUUUUUCGCUGCCCAAGCUGGAGCAAGGAAGAUCUAUGCGGUGGAGGCCAGCACCAUGGCCCAGCACGCUGAGGUCUUAGUGAAGAGUAACAACCUGACCGACCGCAUCGUUGUCAUCCCCGGCAAGGUGGAGGAAGUCUCGCUGCCCGAGCAGGUGGACAUCAUCAUUUCAGAGCCCAUGGGCUACAUGCUCUUCAAUGAGCGCAUGCUCGAGAGCUACCUCCAUGCCAAGAAGUACCUGAAGCCCAGCGGAAACAUGUUCCCCACCAUUGGUGACGUCCAUCUCGCACCCUUCACGGAUGAACAGCUCUACAUGGAGCAGUUCACCAAGGCCAACUUUUGGUACCAGCCAUCCUUCCAUGGAGUGGACCUGUCGGCUCUCCGAGGUGCCGCAGUGGACGAAUAUUUCCGGCAGCCUGUGGUGGACACAUUUGACAUCCGGAUCCUGAUGGCCAAGUCUGUCAAGUAUACAGUGAACUUCUUAGAAGCCAAAGAAGGAGAUUUGCACAGGAUAGAAAUCCCAUUCAAAUUCCACAUGCUGCACUCAGGGCUGGUCCACGGUCUGGCUUUCUGGUUUGACGUUGCUUUCAUCGGCUCCAUAAUGACUGUGUGGCUGUCCACGGCCCCAACGGAGCCCCUGACCCACUGGUACCAGGUCCGGUGCCUGUUCCAGUCACCGCUGUUUGCCAAGGCCGGAGAUACGCUCUCAGGGACAUGUCUGCUUAUUGCCAACAAAAGACAGAGCUACGACAUCAGUAUUGUGGCCCAGGUCGACCAGACGGGCUCCAAAUCCAGUAACCUCCUGGAUCUGAAAAACCCCUUCUUCAGAUACACAGGCACAACACCCUCACCGCCCCCCGGCUCCCACUACACGUCUCCCUCUGAGAACAUGUGGAACACGGGCAGCACCUACAACCUCAGCAGUGGGAUGGCCGUGGCUGGGAUGCCGACGGCCUAUGACCUGAGCAGUGUUAUCGCCAGCGGCUCCAGUGUGGGCCACAACAACCUGAUUCCUCUAGCCAACACGGGGAUUGUCAAUCACACCCACUCCCGGAUGGGCUCCAUAAUGAGCACAGGGAUUGUCCAAGGUAACGCGGGUGGAGGCUGGGGUCCUGCGGGUGGGGGCCGGGCCAGCUUGUAUCACUCUGGGCCACCCACCUGCCCUGUCGCCUGCACUCUGUCUCUGAUUCUACCAGGGGCUGGGUGGGCUGGGGGCAACGCUAGCCCCUCAGUGCCCACGCCCUGCCCCACAGGCUCCUCCGGCACCCAGGGCAGCGGUGGUGGCAGCUCAAGUGCCCACUAUGCAGUCAACAGCCAGUUCACCAUGGGUGGCCCCGCCAUCUCGAUGGCCUCGCCCAUGUCCAUCCCGACCAACACCAUGCACUACGGGAGCUAGGCGCAUCGGGCCCUGACAGACUGACAGCACCAGGAAACCAAAUGAAGCCCCUGCCACCCCACCUCUGCCCGGGCGGCUUUCCCCCUUGUACUGGACAAGCCCGAACACCCGGUCACAGCCCUCUUUGCUAUGGGAACUUGAACACUUUUUUACACAAUAUUGCCGCCGCUGCCUCCCCCACCCCCACCCCCUGGCCCUGAGCCCGUGUCGCUGCCAUAUUUUACACAAGAUCAUGUUGUGGGCGCCCUCGUCCCCCCUCUUGCUGUCUCCACCCUGACCUGGCUUUGACAUCUGCUGUAACAGGCGUGUCGGGGCCUGACAGCAGCACCCGGGUGGGGACAGAGGAGGGGAGCAGCUGCCACCACGGCCCAGGCUGCCCAGCCCUGCCCUAACCUGCCCAGCCCGGCCCCUUAGCACCUGCCCCCCUGGUCUGGAAGGCAGCCCAGGUGGGCGGGGCCUCCCCUCCAGUGACCAGGCCUUGGUCACAAUGGGCGUGACAUGCUGCUUUUUUUAAUUUUAUUUUUUUACGAAAAGAACCAGUGUCAAUCCACAGACCCUCUAAAAAGCCAGGCCGGCCGGGCCGAGCCAGCAGCCCCUCUCCCCAGACUCAGAGGCUCAGUGGUGAGGGGCGGCCCGGCCAAGUCUUCGGGGCAGGCCAGGCCUCUGGGGCCCACAGUCCCCUCCCCACCAAAGGGUUCACCUCACACUUGAAUGUACAACCCACCCUGCUGUCGGAAAGGCCCUCCGUCCUUGGCCCCUGCCUCUUGCUGCUGUCCUGUCCCUGAGCCCCUGCAGGUCCCCCCCAACCCCUCAAGAGCUAGAACAGGCGGCCUACAGGCCCUGGGCCUGGGAGGAAGCGUUCCAUUCGCCACUUGGGGCAGACACAGAGAAACCUCAAAGAUCUGUCAUGGAAGGUGACUUUUUUCCUCGUAGCUAACAUUAGGCCUGUGUGUUCCCCAUCAUUCUUCUAGACGCUCCAGUCCCUACAACUAUGAUGGCAUUUUGGUCCCACCCCAGCCUGGGAAAGGACCUUGCAGGGACCUCCCUCCCAAAAAAGAGAAAAAGAUAAAAAAAAUAAACAAAGAAAUGUAUGUUUCAGCACAGGCAGUUUUCUUCUACUUCUGCUCCCCUUAUUUCUAACACCCCAAACUCAGACGCUGGAGCUCAGACCAGGCCCCAAGCCUACUAAGUGUGCACCGCAGGAGGGAUGGGCACAGGCGGGGCUGGGCUGCCCCUCAGCCCUCCCUCCCGUUCCUUGGGCAUAGUAGCGUCAGGGAAAGCCCAAUGGCCCAGAAGGCAGCCCGGGGGGUGCGGGGGCCCAUCCCUGUCCCUGCUCGGCUGCCCCCUCCCCCACCUUUAUAUAAAUUCUCUGAAUCACCUUUGCAUAGAAAAUAAAAGUGUUUGCUUUGUAAUAAAAGUCUGGAAAGUAA